AUGCUGCGGAUUGAUAACGUUGUGGCGCAGAGAGCUAGACCUGCCGCGGCGCUCCUGGUGGAAAUUGGGCUUAGAGGGUAUAAGGCAGCGGAGCUUUGGGAGUUGCUGGUGUCAGAGGCCUUCCUGGCAUCCGAGGAAAGACAGGACCUCCUUCUGCAGUAUAUUGAUACACUGUCUUCUCAGGGAUUGCAGGGCCCUCCUGGUGAGAGAGGGUCUCCAGGACCACAGGGUCGUCAAGGAGAGUUGGGGCCCAAAGGCAUUCAGGGAGCAUCAGGUCCUCCAGGCAAGCAAGGACCACAAGGUGGCAUGGGGAGUCCUGGUUCCAUUGGGAGCCAAGGGCCUCCAGGGCCAUUAGGGUCGGUCGGACCUAGAGGGUUUCCAGGAACACCAGGGACUGCUGGACUGAUGGGUCAGGCUGGAGAGAAAGGAGAGCAGGGAAUAGCGGGUCCUGCUGGUGACGCUGGUGCUCCAGGUCUGAACGGACAGAAGGGAGCUCCAGGUCCCCGGGGACAACCAGGGCCUAAGGGACCAAAGGGAGAGCCAGGACUUCAGGGUUCCCAGGGGCUGAAGGGUAAGCCUGGGCAGAGGGGUAAAGAGGGAGAUUUUGGAGAGUCUGGCAUUCGUGGGAAUCUAGGUGCUAAAGGAGCAAAGGGAGAUGUGGGAAAUCAUGGCUUAUUAGGAUCAGAGGGGCCCCUAGGGGUCCCAGGAACACGAGGGCCAAGAGGGUUAAAAGGAGAAAAGGGUUAUGCCGGGUUAAUGGCGCAGGGAGGCCUGGUGGGAAAAGUUGGAAUAUCAGGCUUAUUAGGACUACGAGGGUUUCCAGGUAUUUUUGGGAUUCAGGGGCCUGAUGGGCCACCAGGACAAAAGGGGGACAAAGGUCCUGCUGGUUUGACUGGAAAUCCAGGAACACCAGGUCUCAAGGGGGUGGCAGGAGGCAGAGGUGUAAAAGGUGACAUGGGAAAGCCUGGACCAGUGGGGCCUGCAGGGAUUGCUGGAAGACCAGGUGAGCCUGGUAUGAAAGGUUUUUCUGGACCCACGGGCCUGAGAGGAGAGCCUGGAAACAAAGGGGAGUCAGGAGAGCCGGGUGCUGAUGGUGAGACAGGAAGUAAAGGACCUACAGGAUUAACAGGACCAGAGGGGACAGAGGGUGAGAUGGGACCUGAUGGUCUUGUUGGUCCUCCAGGACCUCAGGGACCAAAGGGUAGACCUGGACAGGAGGGAGUGAAAGGACUAAAAGGUCAAAAGGGGGAAGAUGGUAAAAGUGGACUUCCAGGAAAGGAUGGACGCAUUGGGAAGAAGGGAAUGAUGGGAGAUUUGGGUCCAUAUGGUCUUUCAGGGAGACAUGGCACAUAUGGUGAAGCUGGUGCUCGUGGAGAAAAGGGUGAAACGGGUAGAGCAGGUAUCAAGGGGGAACCAGGAGUUCUAGGACCACCUGGCUCUCCUGGUGGAGAAGGGUUAAAGGGAGUACAAGGCACCAUUGGAGAGCCAGGCAAAUCAGGUCAAAAGGGAGAGCAGGGGGAUAUUGGUCCACCUGGCAGACGAGGUGCUCUAGGCCUGCCUGGUAUGCCUGGUUUGUUUGGACAUAAGGGCCUAAAAGGAUUUACUGGACCACCAGGCCCCUUUGGGGAGAGAGGCUUACCUGGUCUACCUGGCCCACCUGGACCCCCAGGAACCUCAAUGAACCUCACACUGACUCAGCUGAAGGAGGUCAUGUACAUGUCAGACAAGCCCAACUACAACCUGGUGAAGACUCUGUUAGAAGGCCUCCAGAGAGAUCUCCAUUGGUUCAUAAACCCUCCAGACGGCAGCAAACAACACCCAGCCACUACAUGUCUGGAGCUGUGGCUCGUACAGCCCAACUCCACUAACGGGUUGUAUUACAUCGAUCCUAACCAGGGAAGCCCAGGUGAUGCUUUUCAAGUUUACUGUGACUUCACAGCAGAGCCAAAAACCUGCCUGUCUCCACUGCAGCCUCAGUUUGAGUAUCCAGGAGCAGACGUGGUGCAGAUGAGGUUUCUGAGACUGAACAGUAGGUUGUCCACUCAGAACAUCACUUACUCAUGCCAGCAGGGAAGCAGACAGAGCCACACAGAGAGGGAAGUGAAGUUCCUGGCUGAUACUCGGACACAGAGUUACCUUGGGGCUCUGCAAGACUGUGUGCCCUCGGAGGAGCUGGAGUCAGGACCCCAGAAAUCUGUUUUUCAGUUUGAGAGUGAAGAUCUUCAGCUGCUGCCUCUCAGGGACCUGGCGGUGUUUGGCAACAACAAAGAAGACACUGAGGAGUUUGGCUUCACCAUAGGACCAGCAUGCUUCAGCUAG